AUGUCACUGUCAUUAUUUCAUCAGCAUGCAAAGACGAAAAGGCAUUGGGCACAACAAAAUCCCGAUAAGUUACUAGAAAUUCUCAACAAAACCGAAUGGGUAUCUUAUCCAGCUGUCGACUGGAUGACGAGGUUUUCUGAAAUUAUGAGCUCUGAUAAUCAAAGCACCGAAGGGAAGACUAGGAAGGUGAUAGGGCGUAGGGCGCUUAACCGAAUAGGGGCGAUGACCAAGAAACAGAAAGAAGAUUCUAUGUUGGCUGCCUGGGACCUACGCAGUGCCUGUUGUGAAUGGGGGGCUAUUAAGCUAAAGGAACUCUCCGGACGCCGGAACUUUGAGGCAGACACGCACCUCGACUUGUCAAAAACUAUCACAGCAUUCAUGAAACGCCUUCCAAAGGGCCCUGAGUUGGACACAAUGAAAUCAUGGGAAGAGGACUACAAGGCUGCAUAUGAAUCAGCCCUCUACAACGAAGGAACCUCCACAAUUUGGGCUUUCCUGGUAGAUUCCAGGGAAUAUGGCCUUCCUCGAUCUUGGUUAGAGGAGUUUCACCAAUUUUGUCUUCGCUGGCCGUGGGAGCUAGAAGUUUCCGACGCGGUUGGAGAACUGAGAAAUGCGAUACAAGCCGCCUUGUUAGAGGCUAAGGCCAUUGCGAAGAAACCACUGGUUCAUAACUUCGACUCCCUCAGAUUUUCCAUCCUGUGCAUGUCGCUCGAUCAAUUUGAUGCAAUAUUUCAACUCAAGCUCUACAUGCAAGACUCUCUAGAUUCUGCGGGAGUUUUCGAGAAAUUCACAGAGAAAGACGUGGAAACAUUCGCAGACUUCGAAGUUUCAAUUCGUCAAAUUGACUUCGGAGGUGUAAUGCCGGCGAUCGGCCGCUGGAUUCGAUAUGCUCGUAUUGCUAUCGACCUAGAUCGCUACUGCACCGGAUAUGCAUGGGACUUUAUUACAUUCUGUGCACAUAUGACUACCGCCGAUAACUUCGUCUGGAUAUGGGACGUGAAUGAAAACUUUGAUCAACAUAGGCUUGACAGAAAGAUAUCUCUUGCUAAGUCUUUCAUGUUUGAGCUCAAAAGGCUUAUUAAUCAAAGAUUUCCCACCGGAUACGAUUCACAUCAUGCUAAUCAAGGCUCAACCAAGGGGGCAACGACUACAGAUAUAGGAAAAGACGACGAUUCAGAUGGUUGGCAGCAUGAGCUCAAUAUGCUAAAGCGAAAACCGUUCUUUGUUGAAGGAGAUCUGUUGAAGACAGUCUCUUCCAAGGCAGGGAUGGGUAAGGAUAUAAAGACAACGUUCAAAUUAUUUGGACAGAUUUUCAAAGGAUGGGUCGAUGAUAUGUCCCAAGUACUAUGCGUGUACGAGGACAAGAGCUCAAAAGUAUUUUCAAAAGCCAUUUUUGACGGGAAGCUGGGCCCGUUCGAAAUUAAGGUCCACAAACCGCUACAUUUUGUACUUCUACGAUUUGCAGCGUUUCUUUACGAAGAAGAUGUCGAGCUCCCGUUAGGACUAAAAGAUCGGCUUAGGGAUAUGACGGUAAAAUAUACAAACAAAAUAACGGAAACAUCCGAGAGUGUAUCUGACUACCUUAAAAAGGAGGAUGCAGAUAUUCUCGUUAUCCCCCAAAAAAUCAAAAUCCCCCCAGUACGCGUUACGUGGUUCAAAACACUCUCGGACCUCAUAUCUAGAGCGGUAGAAUUGGAAUCGGAAAGCGAUGAUCUUGUGGCAGCCCACACCGAGGCGCCAACUGAACCCGCCACGCUAAAGACCAAAACUGAAAACCCCAAGAGCGAUAUCUCAACAACAGCCCACACCGAGACAACCCAACCAGAGAAACAUAGCCGAUCCGCAAAAUCUGAGUGCGACAAAUCAAUCACAGAUCAAGUGGACAAAUCUGAAAAAGAUCAAUCGCAUCAAGACGGAGAAUCAAAGGGAUCAAAUAUUUCGAGAGGUUCGCAUGAAUUACAUGUAGACCAGCUGGAAACACCGGAGAUUAGGCCAAUCAUAGAUCACACCGAUCAUGUUCUCAGCGAUCAUACCUCUCUUGAUGAGUGUAACUUAUCAGUGUUAGUCUUGAAUCAAUCAUACAUUAAUAACCCUACUGGAUGCAAUGUACCCACUGGGGUAGCGACAGAUAGAGAUCCACCACCAAACGUUUCUACCGGGCCUAAUGCAGCAAUACCACCUGCCAAUGUAGGCAACGCUAUCCAGAGCAUCGUGGAUUAUAGCAGAAAUACAUCUGGUGAUAUUCAUACAUUGCAUGAAGAGAUUUAUAGUCUCAGGGCAUUGGUUACUCUGUUGAUAGACGGAGACGCCAGGUCACGAAGGAUCCUCAUGGAGAGGGGUCACUCGGCGGUUCCAUUUGCUCAAAUGAGAACGGAUCCAACUUUAGACCGGUCCUCUAUAUUCUCCCAAACAGGGAGUCAGUACGCUGCGACUCUUAUAGCGCCUCCAGCGCCGGAUGGGACUUUAGGAAUCACUGACGCAGAGUUUUACUCGUAG